AUGACGACGGAUGGAUUGGAUUUGUCUUUCUCCCGCACUGUUAGUACUGGAGAUAAAUCUGUUGAGAGCCAUCAAACGUCCCCUGAUCACAAUGCAGAGCUGCAAAGAGAGAAGACGUCUGGCUCAGAGCGUUCUGGUGUCGACCAAAGAACGAACCGGGUCACAUCUCGCAUUCGUAGUCGAGAACCAAGCCGCCCCUUUACACAUACAUUUUCGCACACGAAGACAAGCACUGAGAUGUUGGUGGAUUUCGAUGGUCCUGACGACCCAUACAAUCCGAUGAAUUGGUGCAUGAAGAAAAAAGUCAUGACCACAAUCCUCUAUGGUCUCACUACAAUGGGUGCUCCAUGGGCGAGCUCAAUCUAUUCAACGGGCCAGACGGAGAUCAAUGAAGAAUUUCACGUGUCAAAUGAAGUCUCCACACUUGGCACUUCUUUGUUGCUAUUCGGACUCGGGGUAGGGCCACUACUUUGGGCGCCGCUCUCGGAGGUUUACGGACGCAAGCCAGCUGUUCUUGCACCUUAUUUUGUGGCGGCGAUACUUUCAUUCGGGACGGCAAUUGCCAAAGAUCUGCAGACCAUCAUGAUAACCCGCUUCUUCGCCGGCUUCUUUGGAUCUGCCCCUGUCACAAAUACUGGUGGGGUCCUUGGUGACAUCUGGACGCCAGAACAGCGUGGUGUGGCUAUUGUAGGAUAUGCCAUGGCAGUUUUUGGUGGUCCUGUCUUGGGUCCCAUCGUAGGCGGUGCAAUUUCACAAAGUUAUCUUGGCUGGCGCUGGACCGAAUACCUGACAGGCAUCAUGAUGCUUACCUUCCUCAUCUUAGACGUGAUAUUUCUCGACGAGAGCUACCCCCCUGUUCUCUUGGUCCGCAAGGCACGUCGGUUGCGUUUGAUGACUGGCAACUGGGCUCUUCAUGCUCGUCAUGAGGAAUGGGAUGUUUCGUGGAAGGAGUUUGGGAAGAAGUAUCUUGUACGGCCUUUUCAGCUCCUUGCAACCCCGAUAUGCUUUCUGAUCGCCCUCUAUGCCUCAUUUGUCUACGGGAUCCUCUAUCUUAGUCUAGCCGCGUUCCCUAUUGUAUUUCAAGAGGGCAGGGGAUGGAACGAGGUUGUGGGCGCUCUACCAUUUUUGGCUUAUUUGAUUGGGAUACUCUUCGGUGCUUGUGUCAAUAUAAGCAACCAAGUAUUCUACCUCAAACGAGUGAAAGCUAAUAACAACCGACCUGUUCCGGAAGCUCGUUUACCACCGAUGAUGAUUGGGUCCGUCUUCUUUGCAGCAGGGUUGUUUGUCUUUGGUUGGACAAGCCCGGCGCACAUUCCUUGGAUCGCCCCCAACAUUGGUGCCGUGAUGAUGGGCUUUGGUUUCUUCACGGUCCUCCAGUCAUCGUUGAAUUAUCUCAUCGAUACGUUCCAGACCACGGCCGCAAGUGCUGUGGCGGCAAACACUUUUUUGCGCUCAAUCUUCGCGGGCUGCUUUCCGCUCUUCACCAAUGCCAUGUUUCACAACCUCGGUGUUCCUUGGGCCUCGAGCGUAUUGGGCUUCAUAUCUGUCGCUCUCAUUCCCAUUCCAUAUUUGUUCUACAUCUACGGGAAGAAAAUUAGGUCGAGGGGGGAAUGGUCUAAGCAGUCCAUUUGA